CUUGAACAUGGAGCUGCCUUGGACAGCACUCUUCCUGAGUACCGUCCUCCUGGGUCUCUCAUGCCAGGGGAAUGACUGGGAAUCUGACAGAAAUUUUAUUUCAGCCGCUGGUCCUCUAACAAAUGACUUAGUGCGUAAUCUGAAUCAUCCUCUGGGAAAACAGGGCUCUGGUUUGGUAGCCGGUGACACCGACAUGUAUGUCUGCCAGCAGCCACUGCCCUCUUUCUUGCCUCAGUACUUCAGCAGUCUUCGGGCCAGCCAGGUUACCCACUACAAAGUACUUCUGUCAUGGGCACAACUUCUCCCAACAGGAAGCUCCAAGAAUCCAGACCAGGAAGCAGUGCAGUGCUACCGACAACUCCUCCAGUCCCUGAAGGAUGCCCAGCUUGAGCCCAUAGUGGUCCUGUGCCACCAGAUGCCACCCACCAGCAGCAGCAUCCAGAGAGACGGGGUCUUUGCUGACCUCUUUGCUGACUAUGCCACAUUGGCUUUUCAAUCCUUUGGGGACCUUGUUGAGAUCUGGUUCACCUUCAGUGACUUGGAGAGAGUGAUCCUGGAUCAUCCCCACCAGGAUUUGAAAGUUUCUGGUCUCCAAACCCUCAGCAAUGCCCACAGGAAAGCCUUUGACAUUUACCACAGAAAGUUCUCUUCUCAGGGGGGGAAGCUGUCUGUGGUGCUGAAGGCUGAAGACAUCCCCGAGCUUCUGCGAGACCCAUCCUUGGCUACUCUCAUCAAGGGCUCGGUGGAUUUCCUCUCUCUUGAUGUGUCUUAUGAAUGCCAAAGUGUGGCGACUCUACCACAGAAGCUGAGUGGAUUGCAGAACUUGGAGCCAAAAGUGAAAGUUUUCAUCUACACCCUAAAACUUCAGGACUGCCCACUGACCGGAAAGAGCCCCUCCUCACUGCUCUUCAGCCUCCUGGAAGCCAUAAAUAAAGACCAAGUCCAGACUGUUGGCUUUGACGUGAGUGCAUUCCUGAGCUGCACAUCCACUUCUGAGGAGAGCCCAUCUUGUUCUUUAACCGACAGCCUGGUUCUUCAGACCGUUGUGCCCUCGUUCCCUGGAUCGGCCUACCAGAGAGUCUGGGCAGCCUUUGCUAACCAGUCUAGGGAGGAAAGGGAUGCUUUCCUGCAAGAUGUGUUUCCAGAAGGAUUCCUCUGGGGUGUAUCCACAGGAGCCUUCAGUGUGGAAGGAGGCUGGGCCGAAGGUGGCAGAGGGCCGAGCAUCUGGGACCACUAUGGCAACCUGAAUGCUGCCGAGGACCAACUGACAGCAAAGGUGGCCAGUGACAGUUACCACAAACCAGCUUCUGAUGUCGCCCUCCUCCGGGGUCUCAGGGCUGAGGUGUACAAAUUUUCCAUCUCCUGGUCCCGCAUCUUCCCCACUGGGCAAAAGACCAGCCCCAACCUCCGAGGUGUCGCCUACUACAACAAACUGAUCAACGGCCUGCUGGACUCACACAUUCAGCCCAUGGCUACGCUGUUCCACUGGGAUCUGCCUCAGGCCCUGCAGGAGCAAGGCGGGUGGCAGAACGAGAGUGUGGUGGAUGCCUUCCUGGACUACGCAGCCUUCUGCUUCUCCACCUUUGGGGACCGUGUGAAGCUGUGGGUGACCUUCCAUGAGCCGUGGGUGAUCAGCUAUGCAGGCUAUGGCACUGGGCAGCACGCGCCAGCCAUCUCUGACCCAGGAGUGGCUUCUUUUCAGGUGGCUCACCUGAUCCUCAAGGCGCAUGCCAGAACUUGGCAUCACUACGACCUUCACCAUCGCCAAAAGCAGCAGGGUCGUGUGGGCAUUGUGCUCAAUUCAGACUGGGCGGAGCCUCUGGAUGGGAAGAGUCCCCAGGACCUCGCUGCUGCCGAGCGUUUCCUGCACUUCAUGCUGGGCUGGUUCGCACACCCCAUCUUUGUAGAUGGGGACUACCCCACUACCCUUCGGGCCCAGAUCCAGCACAUAAACCAGCAGUGUGGCCGUCCUCUGGCCCAACUCCCAGAGUUCACUGAAGCGGAAAAGCAGCUCCUGAAAGGCUCUGCGGAUUUCCUGGGUCUGUCUCAUUACACAUCCCGCCUCAUCAGCACCGCCAGGCAGCAGACCUGCAUCCCCAGCUAUGAUAACAUCGGAGGCUUCUCCCAGCAUAUAGACCCCGAGUGGCCCCAGACUGCAUCUCCCUGGAUCCGAGUGGUACCCUGGGGCAUAAGGAGGCUGCUUCGGUUCGCUUCCCUGGAAUACACGAAGGGAAGACUUCCAAUCUUCUUGGCUGGGAAUGGCAUGCCAGUGGGGGAAAGAGCGGAUCUCUUUGAUGAUGCAGUGAGAGUAAACUACUUCAACUUGUACAUCAACGAGGUGCUCAAAGCUGUCAAGGAGGAUUUGGUGGAUGUCCGUUCAUACAUUGCUCGUUCCCUCAUUGAUGGCUAUGAAGGACCCCUAGGCUACAGCCAGAGGUUUGGGCUAUACCACGUCAACUUCAACGACAGCAGCAGGCCACGGACGCCCAGGAAAUCUGCCUACUUCUUCACCAGCAUCAUUGAAAAGAACGGUUUUCUUGCCAAGAAAGUCAAAAGAAACCCACUUCCCUCAAGAGCAGACUUCACCUCCAGAGCCAGGGCGACCUUCAACUUUCCAUCUGAAGUGCCCUCCAAGGCUAAAAUAGUGUGGGAGAAGUUCUCCAAGCAGCCCAAGUUUGAAAGAGAUUUUUUCUAUCAUGGGACAUUCCGGGAUGACUUCCUGUGGGGCGUAUCCUCUUCAGCCUAUCAAAUCGAAGGAGGUUGGGAUGCUGAUGGCAAAGGCCCCAGCAUCUGGGAUAACUUCACCCACAGCCCGGAGACCACUGUGAAAAACAAUGAUACUGGAGAUAUAGCGUGUGACAGCUAUAAUCAACUGGAUGCCGACCUAAACAUGCUUCGAACCCUGAAGGUCAACUCCUAUCGAUUUUCCAUCUCCUGGCCUCGAAUUUUCCCAACAGGAAGAAACAGUUCCAUCAACAAACAAGGUGUUGAUUAUUACAACAGACUGAUUGACGGGUUGGUGGGGAGCAACAUCUUCCCCAUGGUGACACUGUUUCACUGGGACCUGCCCCAAGCCCUCCAGGAUAUUGGAGGUUGGGAGAACCCUUCUUUGAUUGAGUUGUUCGACAGCUAUGCAGACUUCUGUUUUAAGACCUUUGGUGACAGAGUCAAAUUCUGGAUGACCUUUAAUGAACCCUGGUGUCCAGUGGUGUUAGGCUACAGUUCAGGGGAGUUUCCUCCUAAUGUGCAGGAGCCGGGCUCGCUACCUUACAAGGUUAGCCAUGCAAUCAUUAAGGCACACGCUAGAGUCUACCAUACUUAUGAUGAGAAGUACAGGCCGCAGCAGAAGGGCGUCAUCUCACUGAGCCUCAACACUCACUGGGUGGAACCCAAGGACCCGGGGGUCCGAAGGGAUGUGGAAGCCGCUGACCGGAUGCUGCAGUUUAUCCUGGGCUGGUUUGCCCACCCAAUUUUUAAAAACGGGGAUUAUCCAGAUGCGAUGAAAUGGACGGUGGGCAACAGGAGUGAGCUGCAGCACCUGGCCAGCUCCCGCCUGCCCAGCUUCACAGAGGAAGAGAAGAAUUACAUCAGAGGCACAGCUGAUGUCUUCUGCGUCAACACGUACACAUCCGUACUCGCACAGCACGCCACUCCUAGGCUGAACCCACCCAGCUAUGAUAAUGACAUGCAGUUAAAGUCCACCAACAUGAACUCUGCAUCAUCGGUCUCCACGAUGCACCCAGACGUGCCCUGGGGCAUGAGGAGGCUGCUGAACUGGAUCAAGGAGGAAUAUGGCAACAUUCCCAUUUACAUCACUGAGAAUGGACAGGGGCUGGAAAACCCUACACUGGAUGACACGGAAAGGGUAUUCUACCACAAAACCUAUAUCAACGAGGCUCUGAAAGCUUACAGGCUGGACGGUGUGGACCUUCGAGGGUACUCUGCCUGGUCACUGAUGGACAACUUCGAGUGGCUGAAUGGCUACACCAUGAAAUUUGGAUUGUACCACGUUGACUUUGAUCAUGCGAGCAGACCUCGAACAGCGAGAGCCUCAGCCAGAUACUACACAGAGGUCAUUACCAACAAUGGCAUGCCCCUAGCCAAGGAGGAUGAGUUCCUGUAUGGAGAGUUUCCCAAGGGCUUCAUCUGGAGUGCAGCUUCUGCUUCCUAUCAGGUUGAAGGUGCAUGGAGAGCAGAUGGCAAAGGACUUAGUAUCUGGGACACGUUUUCCCACACACCGCUGAAGAUUGAGAAUGAUGACAAUGGGGACGUGGCAUGCGACAGUUACCACAAGAUUGCUGAGGAUGUGGUGGCCCUUCAGAACCUGGGCGUGUCCCACUACCGCUUCUCCAUCGCCUGGUCUAGAAUCCUCCCCGACGGAACCACCAACUUCAUCAACGAAGCAGGCCUCAACUACUAUGUUCGAUUCAUAGAUGCGCUGCUGGCUGCUGGCAUCACACCACAGGUGACCUUGUAUCACUGGGACCUGCCCCAGGCACUGCAAGACGUCGGGGGUUGGGAGAACGAGACAAUUGUGCAGCGGUUUAAGGAGUAUGCAAAUGUCCUCUUCCAGAGGCUGGGAGACAAGGUCAAGUUCUGGAUCACACUGAACGAGCCCUUUGUCAUUGCUGCCCAAGGCUAUGGCACUGGGGUGUCUGCUCCAGGGAUCUCUUUCAGGCCUGGCACAGCUCCAUACAUUGCUGGACACAACCUAAUAAAGGCUCACGCUGAGGCGUGGCAUCUCUACAAUGACACAUACCGUGUCAGCCAGGGAGGCGUGAUCUCCAUCACCAUCAGCAGCGACUGGGCAGAGCCUAGGGAUCCCUCCAAUCAGGAGGACGUGGAGGCAGCCAGGAGAUAUGUGCAGUUUAUGGGGGGCUGGUUUUCACACCCCAUCUUUAAAAAUGGAGAUUACCCAGAGGUGAUGAAGACACGGAUCCAUGACAGAAGCAUGGCGGCAGGCCUCAACAAGUCCAGGCUCCCUGAAUUUACAGAGAGUGAGAAGAUGAGGAUCAAGGGCACCUUUGACUUUUUUGGGUUCAACCACUACACCACUGUCCUAGCCUACAACCUCAACUACCCUCCUGCCAUCUCAUCCUUUGAUGCAGACAGGGGAGUCGCUUCCAUCGCAGACCGCUCUUGGCCAGUCUCUGGCUCCUUCUGGCUGAAGAUGACCCCUUUCGGCUUCCGGAGGAUCUUGAACUGGCUGAAGGAGGAGUACAACAACCCUCCAAUUUACGUCACAGAGAAUGGAGUGUCCAGACGAGGAGACCCAGAACUCAAUGACACUGACAGGAUCUACUAUCUCCGCAGCUACAUUAACGAAGCCCUCAAAGCUGUACAGGAUAAGGUGGAUCUUCGCGGGUACACGGUAUGGAGCGUCAUGGACAACUUUGAAUGGGCCACAGGCUACGCGGAGAGAUUUGGUGUGCACUUUGUGAAUCACUCUGACCCUUCUUUGCCAAGGAUCCCCAAGGCGUCAGCCAAGUUCUACGCCUCCGUAGUCCGCUGCAAUGGCUUUCCUGACCCUGCACAAGGACCUCAUCCUUGUCUCCAACAACCAGGAGAUGCUGAACCCACUGCCAGCCCUGUGAACUCAGAAGUGCCCUUCUUGGGGCUGAUGCUGGGCCCCGAAGAGGCACAGAUGGCGCUGUAUGUGCUCUUCGCUCUUUUGCUGCUUGGAGUCUGCUGCCUGGCAUUUCUGCUAUACAAAUACUGCAAGCGCUCCAAGCAAGGGAAAUCACAGCCAAGCCAGCACGAUCUGAGUCCGAUUUCUUCCUUCUGACAAGUCCCCAGGUUGCACAGAGUGGCCCGGUUUCUUUAAAUAGGCAUGCUAGCACCAGACUCCGGCCUGCAGUGGGCUUCUUCCUCGUGGCCUUGUGCACCUGUUGGAGGUAAUUUCCAUCUUGAAGCUUUUCAAGUUUCCAGUUGAAAUGAAAACACCUUUGGUACUGGAAGUUUUUCUGCGGACUCUGAGAAAGAAGCCUCUGCAAGGCGGCACCACUGUGGAUGCACAGAUGCUGCGCCGCCUAGUGGUUCUGUGUGCUCAUUGCAGUGUUUGAUGGUACACUCAAGAGCUCCUGCUUCCUCUAGGAAGAACCAGCUCUUGCCCCUCUAGCAGUUCUUUCCAUAAACCUGUGUAGAAUAAAACUGAAAAUAGA